CACACACACACGGCUGCUGUGAAGUGUUUAAAGCCGCAUCCCGGUGCUGCGGUGAAGCCGUGCUGCUGCUGCUGCUGCUCCUCCUGCCGCCCCUGUCUGUUUUUAUAAACCUGAUCGCUUUUAAUCACUGUAUUUUUUUUGUUUUGUUUUUAAACUUUCUCGUAGCCUGCACUUUCUUGUCGUUUUAUCUGCUGAAAUGCCUACCAGGACCUCGCUGUGUUUGCCGGAGGAUGUGAAAGAACGACUGCAGGCGCUGGAUAAAGGUGAUGACAGUUUGUCAGAUGAGGAUUGUGUGAAGGAGAAGCUCAGGUUACUGCAGGACUUCCUGCGUGAUGACACUCAGGUCCAACUCAAAAACCUUGAGCUCAAGCUGAAAAACUCUGAACUUACCACGGAGGUGUACACGUCCGAAGUGAAAGCUGUGCUGAAGAAGGCUUUAGGUUUGGGCAAGGAAGGUCACGGCGAUGGGGCGGAGCAGAACGGGCACUCGAAUGGCUUCUCUGAAAAUGGAUCUCAUAAAGAUAAUGGUGAAAAAGAAGGAGCCAUGGAAACUCAGGAGGAAGGAGAAACCAUGAAAUCUCCCAGCACAUCAAAGGGCAGGGGUGGCAGACGCAGUAAAGCAGACUCUGAGCCUAAAAAAUCUCCUGCAAGCUCAAGGGUCACACGCAAUUCUGGAAAACAACAAACGAUCCUGUCAAUGUUCUCAAGAGUACCCAAGCGCAAGUCUGAUGAGGUGAAUGGCGAAGCUACAAAUGGUGAUACAGAGGUUAACACUGAGGAAGCUGAUGUUGAGGAGACCCGUGAAGAAAAACGUCUCAAAACGGAAGAGGAUGAAAAACCGACCACUGAAAACUCCAAUGCUGAGAAGACCAAGCCUGUGAACACAGCCAAGACACCUCCACCCAAGUGUCCUGACUGCAGGCAGUACCUGGACGACUCUGACCUCAAGUUUUUCCAAGGAGAUCCUGAUGAUGCGCUUGAUGAACCAGAGAUGUUAACAGAUGAGCGUCUUUCAUUGUUCGACUCGAAUGAAGAUGGGUUUGAAAGUUAUGAAGACUUGCCUCAACACAAGAUUACAAACUUUAGCGUCUAUGACAAACGUGGCCACCUGUGUCCAUUUGAUUCUGGACUCAUCGAGAAGAACGUUGAGUUGUACUUCAGUUGUGCGGUCAAGCCCAUCUAUGAUGACAAUCCCUGUAUGGAUGGUGGUGUACCUGCCAAAAAGCUGGGACCAAUCAAUGCCUGGUGGAUCACUGGCUUUGAUGGAGGAGAGAAAGCUCUGAUUGGCUUCACCACAGCGUUUGCUGACUACAUCCUAAUGGAGCCGAGUGAGGAAUACUCUCCAAUCUUUGCCCUGAUGCAGGAGAAGAUCUACAUGAGUAAGAUUGUGGUCGAGUUUCUUCAGAAGAACCCAGAUGCUACAUAUGAGGACCUGCUUAACAAAAUUGAGACCACAGUCCCUCCGGCUGGGCUGAACUUCAAUCGCUUCACCGAAGACACUCUCCUGCGUCAUGCCCAGUUUGUUGUGGAGCAGGUGGAGAGCUACGAUGAGGCCGGAGACUCAGACGAACAGCCCAUCAUUGUUACCCCGUGCAUGAGGGACCUAAUCAAACUGGCUGGAGUCACUCUGGGCAAGAGGAGAGCAGCCAGAAGACAAGCUAUUCGACAUCCUACAAAGAUCGAGAAGGAUAUCAAGGGUCCGACAAAAGCUACCACAACGAAGCUUGUGUAUCAGAUUUUCGAUGCCUUCUUUGCAGAGCAGAUUGAUCAGAAUAAUAAAGAGGGAGGAGGACUUAAGAGGCAGCGCUGUGGGGUCUGUGAGGUGUGCCAAGCCCCUGAUUGUGGUAAAUGUUCUUCAUGUAAGGACAUGAUCAAAUUUGGAGGCAGUGGUCGCAGCAAGCAGGCCUGUCAAAAGAGGAGAUGUCCCAACAUGGCAGUGAAGGAAGCAGAGGAUGAUGAGAAUAUAGACGAGGAAGACGUCUUGCCGCUCUUUAAAGAUGCAUCAAAGAAGAUGUCUCAAGCUAAGAAAAAGCAGACCAAGAACAAAAUCACCUGGGUGGGAGAACCCAUUAGGACUGAAGGAAAACGCGACUACUAUAUGAAGGUGCGUGUGGAAAAUGAGGUGCUGGAAGUCGGAGAUUGUGUGUCCGUCAGCCCAGAUGACCCCUCUCAUGCACUCUACCUCGCCAGGAUUACAGCUUUGUGGGAGGAGGAUGAGAAGAUGUUUCAUGCGCACUGGUUCUGCCGUGGCACAGACACCGUUCUUGGCGAGUCCUCGGACCCUCUGGAGCUCUUCCUUGUGGAUGAGUGUGAGGACAUGCAGCUGAGUUUCGUGCACGGCAAAGUCAAUGUGCACUACAAGGCUCCUUCAGAGGACUGGUUCAUGGAGGGUGGUCUUGUUGAUGACAUAAAGGUCAUUGAGGAUGACGGAAAAAGCUUCUUUUAUCAACUAUGGUACGACGGAGAUUUUGCUCGGUUUGAGACACCACCCAAGGUCAUCCCAGACGAAGACUCCAAAUACAAGUUCUGUGCCAGCUGCACUAGAAAUAAAGAGCAGCAGGAACAGGAGAUGCCUCGUGCCUUCGAUCCCCUGGAGGAUGAAGAGAGUGACACUAAAGUCUUGUAUUCCUUGGCUUGCCUGAAGGGGGAGCAAUACAGAGUGGGAGAUGGCGUAUACUUGCCGCCUGAGGCUUUCACAUUUGGGGUGAAAGCUGCAAGCCCAGUGAAACGUCCUCACCGGAAAGAGGAUGUGGAUGAGGACCUUUAUCCAGAAUACUACAGGAAGUCCUCAGACUACAUCAAGGGAUCCAAUCUGGAUGCUCCAGAGCCAUUCCGUAUCGGACGCAUUAAAGAGAUCUAUUGCACCAAGCGCAGCAAUGGCAAGCCAGAUGAAUCAGAGGUCAAACUGCGCAUCUACAAAUUCUACAGACCAGAGAACACUCACAAGGGGCCGAAGGCUGGCUACCACACUGAUAUAAACCAGCUUUACUGGAGUGAUGAAGAGGUGUCUGUGAACAUGGCAGAUGUACUGGGUCACUGUCGUGUGGAGUACGGGGAGGACCUGGUGGAGAGUGUGCAAGAGUACUCCAGUGGUGGAACGGAUCGGUUCUACUUCCUAGAGGCCUACUGUGCCAGAUCAAAAACCUUUGAAGACCCACCAAACCAUGCUCGCUCUGUUGUAAACAAGGGCAAAGGAAAAGGAAAGGGAAAAGGUAAAGGGAAAGGAAAAGCUUCCUCACAGGAUACCCAAGAGCAGGAGACUCUAGAGCUCAAAGUCCAUAAGCUGCGCACACUGGAUGUGUUCUCCGGCUGUGGUGGUCUGUCAGAAGGCUUCCACCAAGCAGGUAUCUCUGAGACCCACUGGGCCAUUGAGAUGUGGGAUCCUGCUGCACAGGCCUUCAGGCUGAAUAACCCAGGCACCACAGUGUUCACAGAGGACUGCAAUGUUCUGCUGAAGCUGGUAAUGUCUGGAGAGAAGACCAACUCUCUCGGCCAGAAACUCCCACAGAAGGGAGAUGUUGAGAUGCUGUGUGGAGGGCCGCCGUGCCAAGGCUUCAGUGGAAUGAACCGCUUCAACUCACGCACUUACUCCAAGUUUAAGAACUCCCUUGUUGUUUCUUAUCUGAGUUACUGUGACUACUACAGGCCAAAGUUCUUCCUGUUGGAAAACGUCCGAAACUUUGUGUCCUUUAAGCGCUCCAUGGUCUUGAAACUCACUCUGCGUUGCCUAGUGCGCAUGGGCUACCAGUGCACGUUUGGUGUACUCCAAGCGGGGCAGUACGGAGUGGCCCAGACACGGCGCAGGGCAAUUAUACUGGCUGCUGCUCCGGGUGAGAAACUCCCACGCUACCCAGAACCACUGCACGUGUUUGCUCCAAGAGCAUGCUCCCUCAGUGUAGUGGUUGAUGACAAAAAAUACGUCUCCAACGUAACUAGAGGGAAUGGCGGUAUCUAUCGAACCAUUACAGUCCGGGACACCAUGUCUGACCUCCCAGAGAUCCGUAACGGAGCCUCUGCUCUAGAGAUUUCUUACAACGGCGAGCCACAAUCCUGGUUCCAGAGACACAUUCGGGGUGCACAAUACCAGCCCAUUCUCAGGGACCAUAUCUGCAAGGACAUGAGCGCCCUGGUGGAAGCGCGCAUGCGUCACAUCCCCCUAGCACCAGGCUCUGACUGGAGAGACCUGCCCAACAUCGAGGUGCGACUACGGGACGGAACCACAACAAAGAAGCUUCGGUACACACACUCGGACAAGAAAAACGGCCGAAGUAGCACUGGUGCGCUGAGAGGAGUGUGUACUUGUGCUGGAGGUAAACCAUGUGACCCAGCAGACAGGCAGUUCAACACACUGAUCCCGUGGUGUUUGCCUCACACGGGUAAUCGUCAUAACCACUGGGCCGGACUAUAUGGCAGGCUGGAGUGGGACGGAUUCUUCAGCACCACCGUUACCAACCCUGAGCCCAUGGGCAAGCAGGGGCGUGUGCUACAUCCGGAACAGCACCGCGUGGUCAGUGUUAGAGAAUGUGCUCGCUCGCAAGGUUUCCCCGAUACGUACCGCUUCUUCGGCAAUAUCCUGGACAAACACAGACAGGUUGGAAACGCAGUGCCUCCACCUCUUUCCAAAGCCAUUGGACUUGAAAUCAAGAAGUGCAUUCAGGAGAAGAUGAAGCUUAAUGCUACAGAGCCUGUGAAACAGGAGAAGAUGGAUGUGUGUGAGUAGCACACCUCCGAGUACUUUAAUUCCACAUGUUUUUUCUCAGCUCAUUCCAUUAACACGUGCUGGUGUUGAGCCUGGCCACUCAGCUGGCCUCUCUAUGGAUGUGCGGUCUGUGCAGUGCCAUUAAAAGUGUUUUAUUCAUUUUCUAAAUGUAAUUUUAAUCGUGUAUUUGCAAUCUCCACUCGUGGUGGAAUAAAUUCUAUGUAGUUUUUAUAUGUUGUAAUAUUUCAAAUAAAGCUCUUAUCAACUGGA